AUGUGGUCAGAUAACUUGCAGUUUGAUGGUCAGGUGUCUAGCCUUCAGCUCAGAUUUCCCAGGCUCUAUUCCUAUGUUAAGGACCCCUGGGUUACUGUUAUGGAAUUCUUGGGCUCUCAGGACAUUUUCCAGCAUUUCCACCUUCCUUUGUCCAGCCAGGCUUUUGAUGAACUGACUAUUCUCCAGUCCAUGUUGGGUGGCCUUAUUAGAGCACCUGGGUCCAAGGAUAUCUGGUUUUGGAAGGGCACUGCCAAGGGAUACUCACCAAAGUUGUUUUACUCACAUACUUUUGUCUCAGCAUCUUUCAACCCUUUGACAGCUUGGAUCUGGAAGUCCUCUUGUACAAUGAAAAUCAAAGUUUUUGCUUGGAUGCUUAUUAUGGAUAGGUUGAACACCAAGGACAUGGUGGAUAGGAGGCAUUGGCAUUUGGAGGAUGGAGUGAGCUGUGUCCUUUGCCCUUUGCAGACUAGGGAAACAAGGGAUCAUUUGUUCUUCAAUUGCAACUUUAGUGUCAGAAUUUGGAACUAUCUGCAAAUUGAUUGGUCUUCUGGUGACUCCAUGGCUCAUUUGGUUCUUAAUGCUAGCAGGAGUUUUAGGAAGCCCUUCUUCACUGAAGUGGUGUUCAUUGCUUGCUGGAAUAUCUGGAUCAUCAGGAAUGCUAAGGUCUUCAGGCGGCUCCAUCUGGUGAGGUCAUCUGCAACCUCACGGCGCCUAAUUGGACGGUAUAAUAACGGACUUGCAGAGAGUUGAUCCCCGUCGAUGGAGGACGGCCUCGCUCCGCCCGCGCGCCGGGCGCCGAUCAAAUGCCCCACCGCCGCCGCCGAGGACGUGGACCAGCUGCCCACCCCGACGGUGACCUCCGAGGAGUUCCUCCAGUUCAAGAGGAAGGCCACCACGAUCGUGGAGGAGUACUUCUCCACGGACGACGUGGCCGCCACGGCGAGCGAGCUGAGGGAGCUGCGCGUGCCCUGCUACCACUACUACUUCGUCAAGAAGCUCGUCUCGGUGGCCAUGGACCGCCACGACAGGGAGAAGGAGAUGGCGGCCGUGCUGCUCUCCUCGCUCUACGGCGACGUCAUCGACCGCCCGCAGGUGUACAAGGGCUUCUGCAAGCUCGCCGAGUCCUGCGACGACCUCUCCGUCGACACGCCCGACGCCGUCGACAUCCUCGCCGUCUUCGUCGCCCGCGCCAUCAUCGACGACAUACUGCCCCCGGCGUUCCUGGCGAAGCAGCUGCCGUGCCUGCCCGACGGCUGCAAGGGCGCCGAGGUCAUCCGCAGGGCGGAGAAGAGCUACCUGUCCGUGCCGCACCACGGGGAGAUCAUCCUGCAGAGGUGGGGCGGCAUCAAGAACAUCACCGUGGAUGAGGCCAAGGCCAGGAUCGCCGACAUCCUGGAGGAGUACCUCGCCGCCGGCGACACGGCCGAAGCCUUCCGGUGCAUCAGGGACCUCCAGAUCCCCUUCUUCCACCACGACGUCGUCAAGCGGGCGCUCGUUCUCGCCAUCGAGCGCGGCGGCGCGGCCGAGGGCCACAUCCUGGAUCUCCUCAAGUCGGCGUCGGACCAAGGUGUCAUCAACGAGAGUCAGAUCAUCAAAGGCUUCAACCGUAUGAUCGACUCCGUUGACGACUUGACGCUCGACGUGCCAAACGCGAGGUGUCUCCUGAAAUCCAUAAUCCUGAAAGCUUCGUCGGAGGGCUGGCUGUGCGCGUCGUCCCUGAAACCGUUGGGGUCGGAGCCGAAGAAGGUCGUCGAGGACGACCCCGCUGUCAAGAGGUUCAAGGCGAAGGCCGUGGCGAGCAUACACGAGUACUUCUUGACAGGGGACAUCAUCGAGUCGGUGAGCCGGCUGGAGGCUGAGAACAGCUCAUGCUCCUGCUUUUUCAACGCAAUCUUCGUCAAGAAGCUCAUCAGCUUCGCCAUGGACCGGAAGAACCGCGAGAAAGAGAUGGCCUCCGUGCUGCUGUCCUCGAUCUGCAUGCCGCCGGAGCACGUCGUCGCUGGGUUCCACCUCCUGAUCGACUGCGCCGAAGACGCCGCGCUGGACAACCCCGCCAUCGUCGAGGACCUGACCAUGUUCUUUGCCAGGUCAGUGGUCGACGAGGUUAUAGCGCCGUCGGACUUGGAGGCGAUGGAGGAAGAGGCCGGCCGCCGAAAAGCCGCAGGCUCCCCAGGGAUGUUGGCUCUGCGCAACGCCCACGCCAUGCUCGGAGCAAAGCUCUCCGCGGAGCGGAUCCUGCGGUGCUGGGGCGGCGGUGGCACCGGCAAGGCCGGCUGGGAGCUGAGCGAGGUGAAGGACAAGAUCGGGAAGCUGCUGCAGGAGUACGACAGCGGCGGCGGCGUCCGGGAGGCGUGCCGGUGCAUCAAGGAGCUCGGGAUGCCAUUCUUCCACCACGAGGUGGUGAAGAAGGCGCUGGUGGCGAUCAUCGAGAAGCGGGGCAAGGACGAGCGCCUCUGGGGGCUGCUCAGCGAGUGCUACGGCCGCGGCCUGAUCACGCCGAACCAGAUGACCAAGGGCUUCCAGAGGGUCGCCGACUGCGUCGACGACCUCGCGCUCGACGUGCCGGACGCCGGGAAGCAGCUCGGCUGCUACGUCGAGCGCGCCAAGAAGGGGGGAUGGCUGGACGCGUCCUUCUCCGUUGCCAAGCCGGGGCCAGAUGUCAUUGCCGUUUGCUCGUGAGCACCGGUUACAUGCAAACACACUACUGACAUUCCGGGGGAGUUCGUUGGGUUUGCAACAACUUUACGCCAUUAUAUUACGUGUAUGUAUGAUCUGCAGGUAUGAGAGAAGACGGUCGAUUAGGAGUAUAUAAUGCUCGCACAGGAAAUGUGCUAUAGGAUAGGGAGUAUGAUCUUCCAAAGUAGGAGGUUUUCAUGGCGUUUAGCGCGGAGGAUUUGUGCAUUGAAGAGUUUGUUUUUGCCAUUGUUUUUCUCCUACACUGUCCUGUGGUGUUUUUAUCUGGUCAACUGCUCGUUGAGGAAAUUACAAUGUUACACCUUAUUAAUGUAUCACACAUUUCUCUAGUAUAUUCUAUUCUCUUUUUUUUCAUUUCAUUUUUCAAUUUUCCUUUCCUUUUUUAAGAGUUGUUGAUUUUUUUUAAUCUGCCUG